UCCUCGAUGUACCGGAAAUGGGUCACUGGAAAUAGAAGUGACGGCUAGCUUUACCGCCGCACGAGAGGGAGAAUGGAUGCGUUAAAUAAACUUAAACAAUUUGACGCUUAUCCGAAAACUCUAGAGGACUUCAGGAUCAAAACAUGUGGAGGAGCCGCGGUGACCAUCAUCAGUGGACUUAUCAUGUUGAUUCUGUUCUUCUCCGAACUGCAGUAUUAUCUAACUAAGGAGGUCUAUCCUGAACUAUUUGUAGACACUUCCAGAGGAGACAAACUAAGGAUCAACAUUGAUGUUAUAUUUCCACAUAUGCCUUGUGCCUAUCUGAGCAUUGAUGCCAUGGACGUAGCAGGGGAGCAGCAGCUGGACGUGGAGCAUAACUUGUUUAAACAGAGACUCGACAAAGAUGGCCAGCCGGUCACAACUGAGGCUGAAAAACACGAUUUAGGCAAAGUGGAGGAAGGGGUGUUUGACCCCAGUACGCUGGAUCCUGAGCGCUGCGAGAGCUGUUAUGGAGCAGAGACUGAAGAUUUCAAGUGUUGCAAUACCUGUGAUGAUGUGCGGGAGGCAUAUCGGCGGCGCGGCUGGGCGUUUAAGACCCCUGACUCCAUUGAGCAGUGUAAGAGAGAGGGCUUCAGCCAGAAGAUGCAGGACCAGAAGAAUGAGGGAUGUCAAGUCUAUGGCUUUCUGGAGGUCAAUAAGGUGGCAGGAAAUUUCCAUUUUGCCCCUGGAAAGAGCUUCCAGCAGUCUCAUGUACAUGUGCAUGCUGUGGAAAUUCAUGAUCUGCAGAGCUUUGGACUAGACAAUAUCAACAUGACACAUUUCAUCAAGCAUCUUUCAUUCGGCAAGGACUAUCCUGGAAUUGUCAACCCUUUAGAUGAGACUAAUGUAGCAGCACCUCAAGCAUCAAUGAUGUACCAGUAUUUUGUGAAGAUUGUGCCAACGAUAUACGUUAAAGGAGAUGGAGAGGUUGUUAAAACAAACCAGUUUUCAGUAACAAGACAUGAGAAAGUAGCGAAUGGGCUGAUUGGAGAUCAGGGUUUACCUGGUGUGUUUGUGCUUUAUGAGCUGUCUCCAAUGAUGGUGAAAUUCACAGAGAAGCAGAGGUCUUUCACCCAUUUCCUAACCGGAGUUUGUGCUAUUAUAGGAGGUGUUUUCACAGUUGCUGGACUCAUCGAUUCGUUGAUAUACCACUCAGCAAGAGCCAUACAGAAGAAGAUCGAGCUGGGUAAAGCAUCCUAGCAGCGCAGGGACUGUGUCUGGAAACCUCUGUUUUAAAGGGAAGAUGCCACAAUGAAAGCCCGCAGACUGUUUGUUGUUGUGGCCACAGAGCAGUAUCCAUCGACACGGGCCC